CACCGAGACCGGAUAGCGUUCGAGCUGUAACCGAGAGUGUAGCCCAGCGCGAAAGUGGGCGGAACGCGUGGGGCUUACGUUCUCCUGUCUGCACUAGAGCAGUAGUACGUGAUAGAAGGUUGUUGGUCGUUUUUUGACAAGUGACAUACAGAGUUGUCUCGUUGACUUUUUCCGCGCAGUGAUAAUAGACCAGCCUGUGACUCGUCGGCCGGCCCGUUGCCGGCGUAUGCCAUUGUAGCGUGUCGCUUGUAACAUCGUUUUGGUGUGGGGAAAAAAUGAGUUGUCAACGGAACGCUGGCAAGAUUACGGUGCCAGACGAGCUACGGGACAUUUUGUUGGAGUUCACGAUCAGCUACCUAUUGGAGCAACCGGUGGAUAUUAUCGACUAUGCUGUAGGUUUUUUCACGCAACUACGAGAAUCCCGUCAGACUCAGUUGAUCCAGCCCACUGCGCAGACCUGCUCCUCUACGCCGGACGAGUCUGUCGAUGAAGAACCGCCGGUCGGAAGGUUCGAGAGCGUCUUCGCGGAGACUUAUAAUCCCGAGGAAGAUGAGGAGGACGAUGGAGCCAAGAUGGUGCACCCGAAGAGCGACGAGCAACGGCAGAGGCUCAGCGACAGCGUCAAGAAUAUUCUUCUGUUUCGGGCCCUAGACGAGGAACAAAUGGCGGACGUGCUGGACGCGAUGUUCGAGAAAAGCGUGCUACCGGGGGAAUAUAUUAUCCGGCAAGGUGACGACGGUGACAACUUCUACGUCAUCGAGAGGGGAAAAUUCGAGGUGUACGUGAAAGACCCGCAGACGAACGUGGAAACCAUGAUACACGUCUACGAUAACCGUGGUGCAUUCGGCGAGCUCGCGCUUCUUUACAAUAUGCCCAGAGCGGCCACUAUCAAGGCCAUAACGUGUGGCACAUUGUGGGCCAUGGACAGGCAAACCUUCCGGCGUAUACUCCUGAAGUCCGCCUAUAAGAAGCGCAAGAUGUACGAGGAUCUUAUCAACAAGGUCCCGAUGCUCAAGUCUCUCGAGUCCUACGAGCGCAUGAACCUGGCGGACGCCCUGGUACCAAAACAGUAUUCGGACGGCGAGCGAAUAAUUAGGCAAGGCGACACUGCCGACGGGAUGUACUUUGUCGAAGACGGUGUCGUCAAGAUAACCAUAAUUGGAGAUCUCAGUCGCGAGAUUGAGAUUAAUAGAGUUCCCGCUGGUGGGUACUUAGGCGAGCUGGCGCUCGUGACACAUAAACCUCGCGCUGCUUCGGCCUACGCUGUGGGCGACGUAAAGCUGGCCUUUUUGGACGUUGAAGCUUUCGAACGUUUACUUGGGCCUUGCAUGGAACUCAUGAAGCGUAAUAUCGACGAUUACGAAGAUCAGCUAGUCAAAAUCUUUGGCAGCAAAGCUAACGUAACCGAUAUCCGAUGAACUGUCCGCAAGUAGUGAUACGUUGCACUGCUGUACUAAAGGGGAGCCCUAAACGACUUUGGUACAGUAAUGUAAGAUGAGCACAAAGAAAAACUCGUACCACCCACUUUAAAUGAAUCUCAUCCGCGUGUUUCAAGUAAUCAUCUCAAGUCGACUUUCGUAAUGACUGUUCACUUAGACGUGUACCAGUAAGGAAUCGUCGUUUAAUAGUUACCAAGUUUGUACCUAUGACACACACUGAAAGGAUACAAUGGAACGCUAACCGACAUAUAUAGGCUUCUCUCGACCGUUCGUAGUCGCGUCACACGGUACUGAUGGAACUCUCUCUAAAGACUGCAUCAGAUCAUCAAGUAUUACAUUAUCUUGUCGUGUGUGCUCGAUCGUUCACAGGAUGCGUACAAGUCUGAGUAAUUACGAAACAAGGUUGUCCAUUCGAAAUGUUUACGGAAGAAAAGGGAAAGAAAUACUCGGGAUUGAUGCAACGUAUCGACCGGUUCAUGCAGUUCUCAAACGAUGUAUGUUUUAUUGCCAUUCUCUAUUCUUAUAUCUGACACACUUUGGGAGCUGUAAUUCCACCAUACAACAAUGACAUCUCAUUAUUCGAUGAAUUAAAUUAUUUC